AUCCCAGCGAGAAUACGAAACCGAAGUUUUGUAUUUAAUCACCAGUCAUGCGUCGAGUUAUGGAUUUUAUACCAAGUCGGUUUGCACUCAAGGUUAGUAGUGUGGUGGAGUGCAGUCAGUACGUAUGUAGUCUGCGGCAAAAGAUUCAAACUUUUGUGUGUGUGUAUACAUUUUAACGGGAGGAAUAUUGGUACGAUCAAUAUAUAGGUUAGAGAAAUGCAUUACAAAGUGUCCGGAUGAGUAUGUAAUCCAGCCAGUCGGGCAGCCAUCCCUUCCAGCAGGAGAGACAGAAUGUCAACGAACGGUGCUGUGCCGAAAGGCAAGUGCAAAAUAAACUCAGACGGCAGCGUCUCGCUGCAGGACAUUCUGAGCUCCUUCAACUCCUCGAUAAGGGAGGAACAUGCGUGGGCAUUGUGUUACAAAUGCACCAAGUUCUUUAUCGAAGUCCUGAAGAACAACCCCUCGUCCUGUCAUCUGGUCAACGAUGUCAGUCAGGUUUUCUUGCAAACCGAUGGCAACGUACACCCCAACACCAGUCUCAACAUCAAAGGUGAUCCGCAGCGAAAGACCGCCAAUCAGCAGGAAAUCAUCACAGGACUUGGAUUUGUGAUAUACAGUGCAUUGGAUCAAGGAACUAAUAAUGGAGAAGAGAGGACGAUCAGUCAGGAUCUAGAGGAGUUGAUCAAUGAUAUGAUAUCGGAAGAGCGAAGUGUACAUAAUGAGACGGACGAUGAAGGUAUCGAAAGAGAUUCCGAAGAAGGUGCUCACAUGACUUUACAACAGGUAUUGCAAAGGUGCGACAGACAUUUAGAGAAUUUAACAAAAUAUCAGGCGGAAUCGCACUACCGGGCGGUGGUGAGGGCGCUGGUGGCCGAGGCGCUUGAGCUGGCGACUUUUCUGGAAACUGUUGCGCAGGGUAAUUUGGUGUGCGAGGGAAACUCUAGAAGAGAUUUAGAUCAGUUGCAGUUCGCCGAUUGGGCGCGUUUCUGGGUUCAGGUCAUCGCCGAACUCAGGCAGGGCGUUAAACUGAAAAAGGUACAUUUUAACAAGGCACCAAUCGAGUACGAACUGACGCCCUAUGAAAUUCUUAUGAAGGACAUCAGGUCAUGCCGCUACACAUUGAAGAAAAUUAUGAUAAAUGGUGAUGUACCAAAAGUAACCAAAGACGCACACGCAAUAAUAUUAGAGUUCAUCAGAUCUCGGCCUCCUUUGAAGAAGGUGUCGGAUAGGAAGCUUCCACCAAGGCAGUCGACGUACACGCCUAGGGAGCAACUGAUGAAUUCAAUAAGAAAGGGUAGGAAAUUGAGGCAGACACCGCUGCCCUCGUUGUCGCCGACGAAGAAGCAACCGAGAGACGACACCCAUGUUAACAGCCCGAAGAGGCUAAUCAAAAUAGACUUUUCACAGUUGGAUGACGACGACGAAGAUUCGGACAGUUCCGAAUCGGGUCUUUGGCAGCAAGAGGAACAAAUGCAGACGAGUAAUUUGGACGCGUACGAUCUGGCGCUGGACUGCCAGACGAGGCACGGUAGGAGACACACGCUGGGCAUUUUGUCUUUGGAGCCGAAUAUUGGUAGUCAGUCGGUGCCGCAGUCGAGGCCGGGCUCCAGGCAGUCCUGUGCAAGUUCCGACGCGGAACCGGUCCCUCUGGACCCUCAGAUCGCGCGAGCUUUACAAGACGCGACGAAACCCUGGCACGAAGUGGUGAGCCUGGACGAUCGAUUGUCUUUAACGCUGCAGGAGAUCGUCCACAUCCGUAUGGUGCUUACAAAAGCCGAGCUGGAGACUCUUCCGGUAGAGCGGCACGUGCGCGGGGACGUUGAGAACCGCAAAGUUUGUUUCCUGUGUUUGAAGACGCGUUUUGGGAUACUUGGACCGUGGGGCCACAGAUGCACCCUUUGCAAACGCACGGUGUGUUCAAAGUGCUGCUCCAAAAUGAACAUACCAAUGGAACACUUUUCCAGCGUGCCGGUGGUGCUCCUCAGCCCAAGCAUAAUGGCAACGCCAGAGGACGAAUAUAGCGUUCCUUUCGCGGCGCGCUCGAAAGUUACUGAUUCUAGUCCCCAGUCGAGUCCCUGCACCUCCAGACCUGGUAGCUCCCUGGACCGUUUCCGGUCUAAAGCCAACGCGGUUGGCAAAACCGGCAAUGUGGUAGACAAACUUCGAAGCUCUCAAAUGUUAGUCUGUCAGGAUUGCAAAAUGAUGGUCUCACAAAUAAUCAAGUCUGCUCAAGCGAACCGCAGCGCCAUCAGGAACAAACAUCUGCAAAAUUUGACAUUGAAUUUAUCACCGGUAUUUAUGUAGAGAAUUAUUUAAUAAUAUUUAAUUAACAGAAUUUGUCCUUUAUUUACUGAACGAAAGAAAAAAGAAAAACAAGAAAAUUGAUCAUUUAAUCGGAUUUAAGUUCUUUCAAGUAAUUUCGUAAUACAUUUUUUAUUUCUAUUUAUAAAUUUGAAUCUCUGAUGAUUACCAUGUAUAUAAACACUGUUCAUUUGCUUUUAUUUAUAUCAUUUUUUUUUCCUUUUACUUCUUAAUAAAUGUGAAUACGUAACAUUGUCGACACCGUUAUUAUUUAAUUAUUUAAAUUCACACAAACAAAUCAGGAAAUCAUCUUAUGCGAAAAUCCAGUCGCCAAUAUAUUUAGUAAAUACAGGACAAUAUAUCUUUUAUCAAAUGUGGACGUACCUAAAUCAUACAUCAUACAACAAUGAGGAAACAUGCUAGUGCUGCCAUUAAUUUAAUGUGAAAUUAAUAUAUGAAAGCACCACUACUUCUUCAAAAUAACAAUUUAUUAUGCACACAAUUUCCAAAUAUUUAAAAGUUCAAGAAUGUAAUAGAAACUCGAGUUUUCAUAAUAAUGCCUCUUAUUCAUCUAAUUUGUAGCCAAACUUGAAAGACUGUAAACAAGUUAUUUGUUUCGCUACUGUUACGAGCUUUCGUUUUCAAACAUUCACAUAAUGUGCUUUCAACCUUUGAAAUAUAAUGUUUAGGUUAUUUCAAAAUUGAUUGCAUUCGCUUUUCGUGCAAAAAUAUAUAAAUUGACAAUUAUAAGAAAUACAAAUUGAAGCAACAAAUCACAAUAAAAACUUUCUUCUAUGCAAACCAAGUAAAUCUGCUUAAAUGCGUGAACACUAAACAACAUUUGACAAUCAAAAUUUACUCGAUCGAAGACUAUUGUAAUUGCAAAAUAUAUAUUUUCGCACUUAAACUUAAUAU